AUGGCCAGAAACAAUUCAGAGGAGGCAAAUGCAACAAGGCUUGCCGAACUAGUGAAUCAAAGAUUCGAAGAUAAUCAAAAUUCAACUCCCAAGAUACAAAGAGUUCCUCUAUUCUUGCGUCAAAAUCCACACUUCUACAGGUACUGCACACCCAAGAUGAUAUCAUUUGGUCCCAUCCAUCACAGCAACCAAAAUCUGAAGCAACAAGGACAACACUUGAAACUUCAAUGGACAUCCCUCUACAUUGAACAAUACAGGAAACUACCUACUUUUAACGAUGGAUGUUCUUAUCUCUUUUGCUUGGAGAAUUUUGACAUUGAGCAUCCAGAAGCUCUGAAUCUAAAGGUUGAUCAAUGGAUGCAUAUUUGGCGAGAUAUGACCUUGCUAGAGAACCAACUUCCAGUGAAGCUGUUGAAGCUGCUCAGCACACAAAAAGGAUCUGAUUUAGAGAAUUUACUCUACAAUUUUGUUACAAUGGGUGCUGUAAAGAGGAACUGUACCGUGAUGAUUAGACUUGCAUAUACAGCUGAAUCAGUUCAUCAUCUGCUGGGUUUUGUUCGAUCUUACUUUGUUGGUGAAAGUGAAAUGGAGACUGAGAAAAUAGGAAGUGAUUUGAUGGCUCAUCUUCCUCUUCUUCCUCAUCCUUGGCAAACUUACAAGAACGUCCGUGAUCUUAAAAAAUCUGGGAUUCGAGUUGCGAAGGCAAAGAGUCCUGAAUGGAAAUGGAAUAACUUGUCUUUCACGUCAAGAUGGUUUAGCGGCAGAUUGAGACUUCCUGUUUAUGUAAACAAUGAUGUUACGCCUUAUUUCUUUCGAAACUUGAUUGCAUAUGAGAUGUGUCCGGACUUUUGUAGCAGCUUCGAAUGCUGUUCGUUCUUUUCUUUCAUGGAUUCUUUGAUUGAUGAUGCUGAGGCUGUGAAGGAACUUAGAUCAGCUGGUGUUAUCCAAAAUUUGCUUAAGAGCGAUCAAGAACUGGCGAAUUUUCUUAAUGAUAUUGGCCAUGAGUUGCCCACUAAAAUAUUUAAUCAUCUGAGGAGCAAUGCUGCCCCCUUUCAGCAAGAAAUAUGUUGA